UUACCACAGUCAUUUUCUGUAUGUUUUCAAGGGGUUCAAACUUUGGUGCCGUUGAAUAUGGACAAUUAUGUUGUGAAUAUGUUGAAAGAAUGGAAGUUGGAAGAACUGAUCGAAAGGUUUCGCGAUGAGGAAGUAGAUGAGGUCGCCUUCAAAAUGCUACCGGAUGCAAUCGUCCAGGAGCUGAUACCAAAGCUAGGAAAACGGGCCAUAUUUAUGACAAAGUAUGCCCUUUAUAAAACGAACCUAAUGGCCUGUGAGCCUUUGAUCCCGAAAGUGGAGGAACCAGUCAACAAAGUCGUAACAGGCGAUCCGAACUCCACAAACGGUAAUGAUGAAGAGUUAGAAGAACCAAAACUUCCAUGUAAAAAGGCUGAAUUAGUUGUAAGUAAAGACGAAACUCUGAAUUCCCUACCAGCUUCGUUGGAAGAACGUGGCUUUUCUAUAGCAGAACUUAGCUGCACAACUGAUCAUGAUCGUGAGGCGAAAGGCAACUUACUGGAGAUAUUAAAGAAAAAUUCCACCGGAGCACAGCUGGUAGGAAAAGAUUUCUUCACCAGAAGUGAUAGAGAACUGCUUUCAGGCGUUAUUGUGCAGCAUCUUUUGAAAGAAAACGGUCAAACUAUGCCCCAGCAUACUUUAUUGUUGUGGGCGCGAGUCGUAGAGUAUCUCUUCCCAAACGAAAUUGCUGCUAUUUACUGUCGAAAAGUUUCUGACAAUGUAUUGAAGGGUAAAUUUAUUGAUUGCCUUCAGCACAUUCAACAUGAUGGAAACAUAUUGAAAAUGGUCAGCGUAUGAAAUGACCAGCGGCCUGCAUGGCCACCAUAUGACCAGCACAAGUGAAGUAAAGGUUGCCAAGGAUUUAAAAGGAAAUAAUCCGGUGACUCGCAUUCCAACGAUGAUAACGAUAUACGCUGAGAUCGCAGCGAUUUCGAAGCAAACGGCGCUGGGACCUUGCGUUGGCUAAAAACUCGAGGAUGGCCCUGUCAGCGCGCCACCUUCUCAUGGCAGCCGGCGCUCCCCUUACAGGACAUUAUCACGCAGGGCAAGUGCCUGUGCUUCCAGUACAUCUGCUGCCAGCUGAAGCGGUCCGGCGUGUUCAACCGGAAGCUAGGCCUCUAGCUGUUUCGCAGCAUCGUCGGAAGAUCGUUUUGACGCAUAGGAUGCGGCAACCGCAGAGGGAGAUCACUUUUAGGGGCCAGCUGUGUGAUAGAGCUGUUCAUUGUA